AUGGUUAAUGCUUGGGCUGCAACUGAACAAAAUAGGUUGACUUACUACAAGCUUAAUCAAGGGAAGAUCCGUGCUGAACUUUACCAAGAUUUGACAGAUAUUGAUCCAAAUGACUUUCAACCCAAUCAAAUUGGUCAAAGGUUUGUUUUGCCACCUUCAUUUCCUAGAGCAUUAUUACCGCACCAAAAGCCUAUUGAUCGUCUUGAUUUAAUUGCCCGUGUUUUUGAGUUAAAGAGAAAGUGCUUGAUGAAGGAGAUAGAAACAAACCGAGUGUUUGGUAAUAAAGCUGCGCAUGUUUUUACAAUUGAAUUCCAAAAGCGAGGCCUUCCUCAUAUGCAUGCACUUCUAUUUCUUAAGGGUCCAGACAAAAUUCGGACAUGUGCUCAAGUAGACAAAUUGGUUUGUGCAGAAUUUCCAGAUCCAAAAGAUGAACCUAUGCUUUUUGAAACUAUCAAGUGUUGUAUGGUACAUGGACCAUGUGGUGCUCGAAAUCCACAAGCUCCAUGUAUGGAAAAUGCUAAAUGCACUAAGAGAUACUCUCGAGCGUUCGCAGAAACAACUACUAUGGAUCAAGAUGGAUAUCCUAUCUAUCGUCGUCGCAAUAAUGGUCAAGCUCAUAUUGUGAGGGGGAAAGAAGUUGAUAACAGAGACAUCGUACCAUACAAUGCAUAUCUUUCUAAACGUUUCAACUGUCACAUAAAUGUGGAAGUUUGUGCCGGAAUGAGAUGUGUGAAGUAUAUACACAAGUACAUUUAUAAGGGUUAUGAUCGUACAACGAUGGUGUUGGGAUUGAUAAAUGAGAUCCAACAAUAUCUCAUUUGUUAG